AUGGUCAUCUAUCAACAUAUGUCUUCCAUAUUCCCAUGUACUGGAAAAUCCAGACGUCGUACAAUGCAGACCUCCCAACGUCUGUGGGUAACACUUUUAUAUUUGGCAUGUCUAAGUGUAAAUUACGGUCAUUCCAAUAUAAUAAAAAUAUUCAAAGACGAUGAUUCGACACCAAUGUUCAACAACCUUGUCAUUGACAAGAACACUGGGCGCUUAUUUGUGGGUGCCAUCAAUCAUCUAUAUCAACUUACGCCUGAUCUCAAUGUAACCAAUCAAGUGGUUACUGGCCCCAUUGAGGAUUCUUUUGAAUGUGGGGCCAAUAUGUGUCCUAACUCCACUAUUAAAAACUUAACUGAUAAUGUAAAUAAAGUACUUGUUAUCGAUUAUACUACAUCUAGGAUAAUCACUUGUGGAUCAAUUUCACAAGGCAUGUGUACAGUUCGAAAUUUAAAUAACAUAUCUGAUACAGUACAAUUAGUUAAAGAAGCAGUGGUUGCGAACAAUAUGGAAGCAUCUACUAUUGCUUUUAUUGCACCAGGACCUCCAAAUCCACCUAUGACGCAAGUGAUGUAUAUUGGAGUUACAUUUACCGGCAACUCUCCUUAUCGUUCUGAUGUUCCAGCUAUAUCUUCUAGAAGUUUAGACAGUCAAAAUAUGUUAAACAUUGCUCAUGUUGGAGUCAUUUCUGGUACUCGGGUAUAUGUAAAUACUUUGAACCGUGAACGAUAUCUCAUUAAUUAUGUUUAUGGUUUUAGUUCUGAAACUUUCAGUUACUUUUUAACAACACAAAUGCGUAGUGUAACAUCACCUUCUCAAUACAUAUCUAAAAUGGUAAGGUUGUGUCAUGAAGAUAAAAGUUAUUAUUCGUAUACAGAAAUUCCGCUGGAGUGCACUAGUAAAGAACAGUCAUAUAAUUUAGUACAAGCUGGGUAUGUGGGUAAAAUUGGCUCAGACUUAGCUACAGAUCUUGGUAUUACACCUCAAGAUGACGUUUUAUUCGCUGUAUUCUCAAGCAGUAACCAAAGCGAAAGCGAGUUGAAAAACAAACCUAAUGACCAAAGUGCACUAUGUGUUUAUUCACUAAAAGCAAUACGAAGAAAAUUUUUACAAAACAUUAAUGCAUGUUUUAGUGGCAAAGGAAAUCGAGGAUUGGACUUCAUAUCACCAAGUCAUGCAUGCGUUGGAACCAAACUUCAGACAAUUACUGAAGAUUUUUGUGGUAUGGAUGUGAACACUCCUUUAGGGGGCGAUUCGCCUAUGACCGCUAUUCCAGUAUUGACGUUCAAUACUCGUCUCACCGCAGUAACUGCAACAUCUACUGGUGACUUUACGGUUGUAUUUGUUGGGACGAACAAUGGACAUGUCAAAAAAAUAGUCGUUGAAAGUUCUGUAAAAGCUAUUGAAUAUGGAGAUAUAGUUAUUCAAGAAAACUCUCCUAUCAAUCAAGAUCUAAUAGUUGAUCCCCAACAAAUGCAUUUAUAUGCAAUGACUAGAAACAGAGUUUCUAUGAUUAAAGUUCAAGAAUGUCAUAUGUAUUCAUCUUGUUUAGAUUGUUUGGCUGCGAAAGACCCCUAUUGUGGGUGGUGUUCAUUAGAAAAUAAAUGUAGUUUGCGCUCAAAUUGUGAAGAUGCAGCAAAUGAUCCAUUAUAUUGGAUACCAUACAAAAGUGGUAAGUGUACUACAAUAGCUUCUGUUACACCAAGUCAACUUCAGAAGACCACAGCUCGAACAUUAGAACUAGUCAUUGAUAAUUUGCCAUUGCUUGAAGGACCAUUUUACUGUGCAUUUUCGGUGUUUGAUAAAGUGUUGAUCACAAAUGCUACUAGAAAAUCAUUUGGCGUCAACUGUACAACACCUCGAACCGAUUUACUACCAUUUAUACCAGCCAACCAACAUCAUUUCACUACAAAAUUGUCGGUCAAAACAGCCAAGGGACCAAACUUUGUAGCCACUAAUUUUACAUUCUUUGAUUGCAGUACUUACACAUCAUGUACUCAAUGUGUAAAUUCUUCAUUUCCAUGUGAUUGGUGUGCUGAAGCUCAUAGAUGUACGCAUGACACGGCAGAAAAUUGUAGAAAUGAUAUUUUAGUUACUGGUGUAAAUCGUGUUGGUCCAAGUUUCCGAAGUGGACCAUCAUUUUGUCCAACAAUUAAUGGAUCUGAUACGGGAAGUACAGAAAUUUUGGUACCUUCUGGUAUUAAAAAACCGAUCAGAGUGAAGGUACACAUAAUUGGUCAAUUUAUUGCUCAAACACGUUUUGUAUGCCAAUUUAAUAUAGAGGGUCGUGUUUCGAGUGUGAAUGCUGCAUUAGUAGCAGACACCAUAUACUGUGAAACGAUGGAGUUUAGUUAUAAUUCACACUUUUCUAAUAUCACAGCGACUUUUGCUGUGAUUUGGGGUGGAUCAAAACCAUUGGAUAAUCCACAUGACAUCCAUGUUGUUAUUUAUAGAUGUAGUGAUAUGGCUGACGACUGUGGUAUGUGUUUAGCAUUGCCUGAAAAAUAUAAAUGUGGAUGGUGUCAAGCCACUAAUAGUUGUGAAGUUAUAGAUCAGUGCGACCGGGCAGUUGUUACGUGGCUCAAUCGAAACAAAACCUGUCCUAAUCUUCAAAUUACAUCAUUUUGGCCCCUUGCUGGACCUUGGGAAGGACACACAAAUAUUACAAUUAUUGGAAAAAAUUUAGGAAAAAGUUUUAAUGACAUAUAUAGCGGUGUCACUGUAGCUGGACUACGGUGUGCUCCGUACUCGCAUCUGUAUGAAACUACUAGAAAAAUAGUGUGCAGAGUUGAUGGUCCCGGCAGUGAGGACAUAAGAGAAGGUCCUAUUGUGGUUCAAGUGGAAGGAUUCAGAGGUGAAUCCAAAACAAAUUAUCAUUUUGUGGAUCCCAUCAUAACUAGUUUGUAUCCUGGUUAUGGUCCAAAAUCUGGCGGAACAACCCUUAAAAUAGUGGGAAAGUUCAUGAAUGCUGGAAGUAAUAUUCAAGUGUUCUUCGAAGAUACUUUACCAUGUAUUGUUGUCAAUAGUACAUUCUCUGAAACUACUUGCAUUACUAGUGCUUCUGAUGCUCAAAAGGUUGGAAAAAUAAAAAUGUUAUUCGAUAAGUCUGAAAGAAAUUUUGAUCGGCAAACAUAUGAAUAUACUGACGAUCCUAGUGUCGAAUCUGUUGAAUCAGGUUCUCCGAGCCAAGUAAAAGUUCCUAAAGGCAUUGUGUCUGGUGGUAUAAAAGUUUCAGUUAAUGGAAAAAAUUUUGCGUUUGUUCAAACUCCCCGCUUGUAUGUUUACUAUAUGAAUAAUACAUAUUUCGGGGAUUGUUUUGUACUAAGCAAUUCUAAUUUAAUAUGUGAGUCUCCUAAAGUUACACCACUUCAACGAAUCCAAGCUAAUUCGUCUAACCCACCAAUAGAAUUGGAUUAUGGAUUUGAAAUGGACAAUGUAACAAAUGUUCAAAAUAUAUCAUCGAAAACUGGAUUUUCCAAAUUCUUACUUUAUCCAGAUCCAAAUUACACACAAUUUGAGGAUGUCCAAGGGGAAAACAUAAAAUAUUAUAAAAGUGAUUAUUUAACUAUAAAUGGCCAUUACUUGGAUCGAGCUUGCCAAGAAACUGACGUUACAGUGCAAAUUGGGACAAGUUACUGUAACGUGACCUCGUUGUCUCGUAAUCAACUCACAUGUAAGCCACCACCCAUUCAACCAUUAGCAGUAUCUGAUGAUUUUCGGUUGACCAGCUCUCAAGAACUUCCAGACGUAAUUGUGACAGUGGGUUCAAGUCUGAAGUUUAACAUAGGAAAACUGAGCUAUGCCCAAUCUGAAGUUAAUAGUCCUUUGACUAAUCCUGCCCUGUUUGGUGGUAUCAUUGGUAUGGCUAUAAUUGUUAUUAUUUUCAUCGCCUUUUUGAUCGCAUAUCGCCGCAAAUCGACUGAAAGUAGUCGAGUCUUGAAAAAUAUGCAAGAACAGAUGGACAUAUUAGAACUACGUGUAGCGGCAGAAUGCAAAGAGGCGUUUGCUGAACUUCAAACAGAGAUAACAGAUAUCGCUGGUGAUCUUACUUCUGGCGGUAUUCCGUUUUUGGAUUAUCGUACAUAUUCAAUGAAAAUUUUGUUCCCGAAUAUGGAAGACCAUGGAGUGCUCCAACGAGAAAAACCAGAAUUAAUUCGAAAAGAAAAGGGCAUCCGCUUGUUUGGCCAAUUAAUAUUAAACAAGACAUUUUUGUUAUUGUUUAUAAGAACUUUAGAGAGUAAUCGCUAUUUUUCAAUGAGAGAUAGAGUGAAUGUAGCUUCUUUAAUUAUGGUGUCUUUGCAAAGCAAAAUGGAAUAUUGUACUGAUAUACUGAAGACUUUACUUGCAGAACUAAUUGAAAAAUGCAUGGAAGGUAACAGCCAUCCAAAGUUGCUUUUGAGGCGUACAGAAAGUGUUGCAGAAAAAAUGCUAUCGUCGUGGUUUACGUUUCUAUUGUAUAAAUUUUUAAGGGAAUGUGCAGGAGAACCUUUGUAUUUAUUAUUUAGAGCAAUGAAACAACAAGUUGAUAAAGGACCAGUUGAUGCAAUUACUUCUGAAGCAAGGUAUUCGUUGAGUGAAGAAAAACUGAUAAGACAAUCAAUAGAUUUUGUUCCAAUGACCGUAUAUGUUUCGAUUUCCCAACAGACUGCUUUCGUUACUGGACUCGAUCCAAACACUGAAAAUAUACCUGUUAAAGUUUUAGACUGUGAUACAAUUUCACAAGUAAAGGAAAAGGCAUUGGAUACUAUUUAUCGAGCGAUGCCUUGUAGUCAACGACCCCGGACGUGUGAACUCGACGUUGAAUGGAGAACCGGCACUCAGGGUCGGUUAAUUUUAUACGAUGAAGACUCAACAACAAAAACGGAAGGAGAAUGGAAGAAACGAAACACUUUACAUCAUUAUAUGGUUCCAGAUGGUGCAUAUCUAAACUUGGUUUCCGUUAAACAAAUGUCAACUUACAACUUAUCAAUACUCUCGGACCGCAUGGACAAACACAAAUAUGAAACAUUAAAUUUAACGAAAUUCAACUAUGAUAGCCCGCCGUAUAGCAGGGCUACAUCGCCGCUGAACAAUGAUCAGGAUGGAGGUCUUAAAUGUUGGCAUUUGGUCAAACAUCACGAUAACGAUGCACAAAAAGAAGGGGAACGUGGUAAUAAAAUGGUAUCAGAAAUAUAUCUUACGCGUUUACUAGCUACCAAAGGUACUCUACAAAAGUUCGUAGACGAUUUAUUUGAAACGAUUUUCAGCACUGCGCAUAGAGGAAGUGCUCUGCCUUUGGCUAUCAAAUACAUGUUUGAUUUUCUUGAUGAUCAAGCACUUCAGCAUGGUAUCUCUGAUCACGAAGUCGUACAUACGUGGAAAAGUAACAGUCUUCCUUUGCGUUUUUGGGUGAAUCUGAUCAAAAAUCCCAACUUUGUUUUUGAUAUACACAAGUCAAACAUAGUUGACUCGUGUCUGUCGGUUGUUGCUCAAACAUUCAUGGACUCGUGUUCGACUUCAGACCACCGACUCGGCAAAGAUUCACCAAGCUCAAAAUUACUUUACGCCAAGGACAUUCCGGUGUACAAGGACUGGGUAGAUCGUUACUAUUCAGACAUUAAAAUCAUGCCAGCAAUAUCAGACCAGGACAUGAACGCCAUGCUUGCCGAAGAAUCAAGAAUACACAUGACAGAAUUUAAUACAAACGCUGCUUUGUAUGAACUCUAUAUGUAUGCUGCCAAGUACAAUGAACAGCUAAUGGUAACACUCGAAGAAGACGAAUUUUCUCAAAAACAACGACUGGCAUACAAACUAGAACAAGUGCACAAUUUCAUGAUGGUAGAGAAAUAA